UGGUUCUAUCUUCUGUUAUCGGUAUUAUUCAUCAUCAUCGAGUCUGGUCAUCUUUCUUGCUCUUGCUUAGACUCCUACUGCCGCUCAUACAUCUCUAUCGUUGUUGUUGCUGUUGCUGUUGCUGUUGCUGUUGUUAUUGCCGUUGCCACUAUCUGCCGUCAUUGUCUGCGCGAGGAAGGAACGACCAAAGAGAGAGAUUGGAAGCAAGCGAUAUACCCGGAGAUAUUUUUGUUCGCGGAGGUGAAGUCGGAUCAAUCAACUGUGAGGUUGAGGUGAAGUCGAACUAUCGGACCUUCAUUUGAAGUCUACCUACCACCGCGAUCGUGAGCUUCAUUGACGUACAUCGCCUACACUACUACCACACCAACCGACCGAGGUAUAUCCCGGACUGCUAUAACACCCACUCAGAUACACACGCAUCGACUUCACUCCAUCGAGCGCACAGCUUUCACACCGCGUCUCUUUGACUGCUCUCCUAGCGAGACACUCCAGUCACCUCAUCUCACCUCACUCACCCCAUUGUCCAUACCCACCACACACACAAUGGCCGGCAAAUCCCCACCCAUGAUGAAGCUGAAGCUGGCCACAUCCGGCACAAAAAUCAGCCAAAACGCCCCCUACCCCCGCGGUCUCUCCUCCCGCACCCUCCAACGCCAGGCCGCAGCAUCCACCUCCUUCCCCAACGACACCCUCUCCCAACUCACCACCCCCCCAACCACCACCCCCCGCCCCAAACUCCCCCCCCUCUCCAUCCUCCCCCUCCCCCUCCUCCUCCGCAACAUCCUCAUCUCCUCCAUCUCCUCCUCUCGCCUCCUCCUCCCCCCCUCCCUCGCAAUCCUCUCCUACCUCGCCUCCUCCCCCUCCGCCUUCCUAAACCCCGACCGCAACCCCCUCCUCCGCGCCCUCCUCAAGCGCACCUUCUACGCCCACUUCUGCGCCGGCGAGACCCCCACCGAAGUCUCCCGCACCAUCGACUCCCUAAAGUCCAUGGGCUACAAAGGCGUCAUGCUCUGCUACGCCCGUGAAGUCGUCCUCGACGCCAACGCCGCCGCUGCCCUCGAAGCAUCAGGCGGGAAAGCCACCGCGGCAACAAUCACAAACGAAAUCCUCCCCUGGAAACAAGGGACUCUCAAGACCGUCUCCCUCGUCGCCCCCGGCGGAUUCGUGGCUGUCAAACUCACAGGCGCGGGAAGCCAAGCCCUCUACAACCUCUCGCACAACCUCGCACCCAGCCCCGCUCUCGAAGACGCAAUCACAUCCGUCUGUGACCUCGCUGCGGCCCGCGGCGUCCGCCUCGUAUUCGACGCUGAGCAGGCCGCGCUCCAGACUGGCAUCGACUCCUGGGUCCUCGAUCUGAUGAGGCGCUACAACAAGGAAUCCGCGGUGGUCUACUCAACAUACCAAGCCUACCUCAAGGGCUGCCCCGCAGUCCUCGCGCGCCACCUCGCCGUCGCAAGAAAGGAGGGGUUCGUGGCCGGCGUGAAAUUAGUGAGGGGGGCGUAUAUCAACUCCGAUCCACGACACCUCAUCAACGACACGAAGGAGGACACGGAUAUAAUGUACGACGCCCUCGCCGAGUCCGUCCUGCGCCGCACCUACAACUCUGUUCUCCUCCCUGCAAGUACCGAAGAAGCAGACAAAUUCCCAGAAGUCAGCCUCGCCCUCGCCUCGCACAAUCCCGAGUCAGUCCGCCGCGCCAUGGCCGUCCAAGAAUCCCAAGCCGCCAAGGGCGAAGCACGCGUAGAACUCGUAUACGGCCAACUCCAGGGUAUGGCUGACGAAGUGAGCUGCGAGCUUGUCCAGCGCGCUGUCGAGGUCGAGGGACAGGUCGUCGUGGGGGGGGAGGAGAAGACGGUGGUGCCGCAGGCGUAUAAGUACCUGGUUUGGGGGACGACGGGGGAAUGUAUGAAGUACCUUGCCCGCAGGGGGCAGGAGAAUAAGGAUGCGGUUGAGCGCACUAGGGAGGGGAGGGAUUUGAUGGCUAGGGAGGCGGUGAGGAGGGUUAGGGGGGUUUUUGGGUGGUAGAUUUUUUUUCUUCCUUCUUCUUUCCGUUUCGAGUUGGGGGAGUACAGACGGUAUUGAAAAUGCGAGAUUUGGUGGAUUUGGAAAAUGGGGGGAGGCGGGGGGUGAAGUUGAUUCGUGUUUUUUGCAAUACAAAGCGCUAGAUUGGAGCGUUUGUUGGGAGUUCGGGAAGAUUGUCAUCGCGUUUUGGUUUUUUUUUUGGGAAGCUCAUCAUCUUACCAUUUUUGGUAUUGGAGCUGGGAGUUUUUUUGAAGUUUGUUUUGCUCAGCGAUCCUGUUCUCAUGGGAAAGAAUGAUAGAGAAGCAAAGAUUGGUUUUGAGUUUUGAGAAUUUUAAUUUAUAAUUUCAUGAAAUGAAAUGAGCUUGCUGUGUGUCUUUGUUUGGUGUUGAGUGAGGUGUUUUUUUGGGUUGAUGGCGUGGGGUGGGAUAUUUUGGGGUCUGGAGUUUCUGGUGAUGAGGGGGGUGUGGUAGUACGAGUCCUAAAUGGGGGAAUAAUGAUGAUAGAGAGGGAAGAUGAUGAAAUACGGUGUCUUUGGUGCUGAGUGGAUUGUUGUGGUUUCAGUCGUGAGGGUGCACACUUUGGGGGUUCCAGCCUUGGUUGUGACGAUGAGGGUAGUCUCCAUUCCUCAUCCCCAAAUAUAACAACUUUUACUUUCAAAGCUUUCGG